AUGAAAAUCUCUCCAAGUAGUGGCUCGGGUCAUUACAACUUCCAAUUUAACAAACCGCUCGGCAUGACUUCGACCAUCAGUAUGGCGGAACCGAAACCAGAAGACUUGCAGAAAACGACCGAAUUAGACGAGUCUCUCGAACCGUACAACGAUGAAGAGGAAGAGGAGCUGGAUCGUCGAGUGAAGAUUCUGGCCAAACUGAACACUCUCGUCAAGCAAUGGGUUCAAGAUGUGUCGAUCGCUAAGAAUAUGCCGGAGGAAGUGGCCGAGAAGUUGGGUGGAAAGAUCCACACAAUCGGUUCAUACCAAUUGGCGCCUCCCCUCAAAGGAGUGAAUAUUAACGCGCUAUGCGUUGUGCCGCGUAACAUUGAACGGGCUGACUAUUUCAGCUCGUUCUUCGAACUCCUCAAACAACAACCGGAAGUGGUCGAAUGCCGAACUAUGGAAGUUGCUUUUGUACCUGCAAUUAACAUCAACUUUGGCGGCUUCGAGAUUGAACUGAUGUUCGCUCGACUAUCACGGAAAGAAGUUCCUGACAAUUUUAAUAUACACAACGAUAUUCUUCUGAAGAACAAUCCGCAACAAAACGGUUCCAGCUCGACACGAAAGGUACAGUUGAACGAAUUCAACCAGGAUAUGCAGAUAACAGACGAAAUUAGGCCCAGAAAAGCUGUCAACGAACAAAAGAAUUUCUUUUCUAAAUAUCACCACUUCAUUGUGCUCUUGGCAACAUCCAACAACGCAGACGAUCACCUGGAAUGGUCCGGGCUGAUCGAGUCCAAGUUUCGCUUGCUGACUCUAAGCCUGGAGCGGAAUCAACAUGUCAAUGUCGCCCAUAUAUAUCCUAAGCGUUUCGAAUGGCACGAGCAUACGCCGAAAAGCACGAACGAUGAUGUUAAGCAGUUUUGUGAUUUAUGGUUUAUCGGAUUGGAAUUCGAACGAUCCGAUAAUGUUUAUUUUGUUGACUUGACGGAGAGUAUUCAAAGUUUAACCGAUGCCGUACAUAACCACGCUUUGCGCAUAAAUCUACUUAAGGAUGGUAUGGAAAUCGAAGCUCGUCACGUUCCACGGAGGCAUUUGAGUCAAUAUUUGCGUUCGAGCCUGUUGAAGUGGGAGACAAAUACAUCAUCGGCACAGAAUAGUGGAACAACUAGGGCUAGCAAGCGGCGUUCGUCAGAGAUAGACCAAACGGAUACAGCGAUGAACAAGAAAGCAAGAAACGAUUCAUCAGUACCUCAACAAGAAACAACAACGGAACGGGAAGCUAUACCAGUGCAAACCGAUGCAGUCAGCGAAAUGUAA